AUGGAAUCGGAGUUGGGUUUGAUAGAGCAAUCAUUCAAUAGCCGUUACUCGCUUUGGGUCCAGGAAGCUCUGAGCGAAUUGCCCGACAGUUUCACAAUCACUGAUCCUUGUCUCUCUGGCCACCCAAUUGUAUUUGCGAGCAAAGGGUUCUUGAAAAUGUUGGGUUAUUCGAAAAGCGAGGUGAUUGGCAGAAAUGGUAGAGUGUUUCAAGGUCCGGGGACUUGCAGAAGGUCGGUUAUGGAAAUAAGAGAGGCCAUCAGGGAAGAGAGAGCUAUUCAGAUUAAUUUGCUGAAUUAUCGCAAAGACGGGACACCCUUUUGGAUGUUGUUUCAUAUGUGCCCUGUUUUUAACAAAGAAGAUGGGAGGGUGACUCAUUUUGUGGGAGUUCAGGUUCCGAUUUCGAGGAAGCCGAGGCGGUCUGGCAGAAAUGGGGUUAAUUUGUGCGAAGAGGGGUCUAGGAUGAAUGAUAUCUUUUAUGGGUCUUGUAGAAAAGAAGUGUGCUCCGAUUCUUUGGUUGAAUUGGGUCGUGUUCAGUCUCUGGAGUCUGCAUUGGAUGAUGCUGAUGACAGAGGAUUGGAGGUUGAAGAGUCGUGCGAGGCAAGUGAUCUAGAGAAGACAAGAGCUGCAACUGCCAUUAAUAACAUAUUGUCUGUGCUAACUCACUAUAGCGAGUUAACGGGCAGAUUGGUCUGUGGAAAGAGAUGCAGCUUAUCCGGGGUGGGCCUUCUCAGUUCAUCCUUAAAUAUAUCUCUUGGUAGAAUCAAACAAAGCUUUGUAUUAACUGAUCCACACUUACCAGACAUGCCUAUAGUUUAUGCAAGUGAUGCCUUCUUCAAAUUGACUGGUUAUGCUAGACAUGAAGUCUUGGGGCGCAAUUGUAGAUUUUUAAGUGGGGUGGAUACAGAUUCCUCAAUGAUAUAUCGGAUAAAGGAAAGCAUUCAAAAUGAAAAAGCAUGCACAGUACGUAUCUUGAAUUACAGGAAGGAUAAGAGUUCAUUUUGGAAUCUCCUACACAUAUCACCUGUUCGUAAUGCUUCUGGCAAGAUUGCAUACUUUGUGGGUGUUCAGAUGGAAGAAGAGUGUAAAAACCAGGUUGGACAUGGGCUAAGCCCUGAGAUGAGGCAGCGUAGCGCCGUUGGUGCUGUCAGAAUUGCAGUAAGGAGCUUAUCAAUGGGUGCUGGCCCUUCCAAAUCUUAG